CUUUUUGUACGUCCGCUUCGAUGAAUGAGAUUAGAGACGCACAACUAAUGUUUGAUACAUCAACGUCAGAAUUGCCCCAAAAUGACCUCUGACCCCGUGGACCCGUACAUCUUCACCUCUGACUCUCUGCCCUCUGACCCUCGCUUCAUGCCACCGCUGGUCAACGGGCUGCUGGGAUGGAGAGUGUUUGAUUCAAUUAUGCAUAUGGGCGGGGUUUAUAAUGGUGAAGGCGGGACUUGUCACCGUGGCAACAUUCCAUGUCCACUAGCAGUUCAAAUGAAGACGGCAGAAGUGGGACGACACACGUACAAGUUAGACAUGCACACAGGUAUUUUCUCUCAUACUGUGGUCACUCCUUGUUUCGAGGCCACUCAGGUUUUGUACGCUCACCGACAGCAAUCAAAUCUUCUGGUCACGGAAGUUCUCCUUAAGCGCUUUGAAACCAGUGCUGAACCAAUCACGAUUCAGCUAGAGAGUUCUUUCAAACCCCAAAGUGAUGACAUUGAUUUCCAGAAUGCACCAGACUACAAGAGUGGGAGGCAUAUUUUUGGACAGACCGUCUCUUCAGAGAUUCCUGGAGGAGUCCGUCCAUUUGUGCACCUGAUCUGGACGCCCACCGCAUCUACUCUUACCCUCCCACCCGACCAGAGCCAGUCCAGCUGGGUUUUCCUGGUUGCCCUCGCUGGGAGUGACAGGAGCGCCAAAUCGUGUUUUGAUACUGGUUUGGGGCUUAUCGAUACUGGUGACUUAUGCCCCUCCCACCUGAGGAGUUGGGCGGAGCUCUGGAAGGGGAGCAGCAUCGAGGUGAUGGGAGAUGAGACCCUGAACCGGGCUCUGAUUGGCUGCAUGUUUUAUCUUCUCAGUUCAUUCCCAUCUUCAAUUGAGGAGUCAAGCGGAGCGUCUGUGUUCGGAGGGAUCAGUCCGGGGGGUUUGUCAAACGGGAGCAAAGAUGAGGAUUACCACGGGCAUGUGUUCUGGGACCAGGACACGUGGAUGUUCCCCAGUGUUGCUCUGUUUUACCCCAGUCUGGCCAGGGCUGUACUGGAGUACCGUGUGGGAACAGUAGAAGGUGCUCGAGCAAACGCCCAGCAGAUGGGCUACAAGGGAUUGAAGUUUGCGUGGGAGAGUGUGUUAUCGGGCCGGGACCUUUGUCCAGAGGAGAUUUAUGCACAGCAGGAGGUCCACAUCAAUGGAGACGUGGUUCUGGCUUUCCAGCAGUACUUCUACCUCACACAGGACCUGGAGAUGUUCAAAGAAGGGCGGGGCAGUGAGGUGGUGUGGGGCGUGGCGGACUACUGGGUCUCACGGGUCACAUGGGACCCUACUGACCAGCAGUACCAUAUCAAAGGUGUGAUUCCUCCUGAUGAAUACUACUUUACUGUUGACAACUCAGUGUUCACCAAUGCUGUCGCCCAAAGCAGUCUUCGGUUUGCCGUGGAGUUGUGUGUCCUGUUAGCGCAGACGCCUCCUCCCGCAUGGCAGGACGUCGCUGAUAAGAUCAAGAUUCCCUUUGACCCAGAACUGAAGUAUCACCCAGAGUUUGACGGCUACACGCAGGGAAGUCGAGUCAAGCAGGCGGACGCGGUGUUGCUGGGAUACCCGCUGACCCUCCCCAUGACCCCCGAGGUCAGACGCAACGAUCUGGACGCAUACGAGGCCGUCACAGAUCCGCUCGGACCGGCCAUGACAUGGGGCAUGUUUGCUUUAGGUUGGCUUGAACUUGGAGAGGCUGAAAAAGCCCAAAAGCUUCUGCAGAAAUGCUUCAAAAAUAUCCAGAAACCCUUUCAGGUGUGGAGUGAGUCGGCGGAUGGCUCCGGGUGUGUGAACUUCCUCACCGGUAUGGGCGGCUUUCUGCAGGCGCUGCUGUUUGGCUACACUGGCUUCAGAGUGCAGAAGGAGCAUCUUGCCUUUGCUCCGCUGCUCCCACCGGGCAUCGAUGCUCUCCGCGUGACCGGUGUGAGUUAUCUCGGCAACGAGAUGGAUUGGUUGGUAAAGAGUGCGGAGGUGAGUGUUUCAGUGAGGAAGUCUGGGAAUAAGGAGCCGUUCGCUCUUGAACUUGUCCUGAAUACUGGAACUACAAUCCCACUUAUUCCAGGAGAAACAGUGACGUUUCUACGGCAGCCCGGUCAGAUCCGUAAAGUGAAUCCCGGUUUUUACUGCUGGCCGGUCUGAUGAUCCACAUCGCAAACGGCUGUCUGGUGUUUGGGUU